GAGGGAGAAACCAGAAAGCAAGAGUCUGACUAACUUUCAUCUCCGAACACUUGCACACAUUACAGCCGUGUACAAAUCUUUGGGGGGAACUUCUAUUGUCUGGUUGGUUUGUGGAAUAAUUUUCACAGAGGUCUGGAAUUAUUAAAGUCUUUUUCCCGCAGGAAAGAAAUGGCACUCAGACAAGACUCAGAUAAAGAACCACGAAUUGAGCUCUUCAUAAAGGCGGGUCAUGAUGGAGAGAAUGUGGGGAACUGUCCCUUCUGCCAGAGACUCUUCAUGGUUCUUUGGCUGAAAGGAGUCAAGUUCACAGUAACCACCGUUGACAUGAGGAAGAAGCCAGAAGAGCUGAAGGAUUUAGCUCCAGGUACAAACCCGCCAUUCCUCCUGUACAAUGGCACGCUGAAGACUGACUUCAUAAAGAUCGAAGAGUUCCUGGAGACCACACUCGCCCCUCCUCGCUAUCCUCAUCUCAGCCCCCGCUACAAAGAGUCAUUUGAUGUUGGUGCUGACAUUUUUGCCAAGUUUUCUGCGUUUAUCAAGAACAGCCCAAACAAUUCCUUCCAUGAAAAAGCCUUAUUGAGGGAGUUCAAGCGUCUGGAUGACUAUCUGAACACUCCACUUCAGGACGAGCUCGAUCAAAACAUCAGCGUAUCCAAAAGAAAGUUCCUUGAUGGCAACCGCUUGACACUGGCAGACUGCAACUUGCUACCAAAACUGCACGUCAUCAAGGUUGCUUCCAGGAAGUACUGUAGUUUUGAGAUUCCUGCUCAGUUCACUGGAGUGUGGCGUUACCUGCAGAAUGCAUGUGAGAGAGAAGAGUUCAGCCAGACCUGUCCAGCUGACAUUGAAAUUGAGAAAACCUAUCUGAGUGUGGCCAAGAGGAACUGAACUUCAGAUUAUUGAGGACAUAUGGGGUUAAAUGUUUAAAUAGUGUAAAUAUUUUAACAUUUCAGUUUAUAAGUUUAUAGGCAUCUACAUAGUUCACAGUCAUAAAUAUAUUACAGCAAACACAAAAGGCACACUGGCUGAACACAGUUUGCUUAUGCACUUUCAUUGUGCCUGUGAUCUCAGAGCCCAUUGGAUUUACUAGCAUACUUUUGAGUGACUGUUACUGUCAAACAGGCUUUAUUCUGGUAGUUUUAGAAGUUAUAGGAUCUUUUGCAAGCGAUCUUGAGCACAACCGGCGAGUUGUGCUUUUAACAGCAUGUAAUGUUUUUGUGCAUAAUGUAUAUAUGUAUUUUACAUUCAUUAAGGCAUAUUCAGUUUUAUGUAAUGUAUAUAUUUUAAUCAUCUGUAAGAAUGAGUUGAAAAC